GGCCCUGUCAGUGCCUCGCCAGACGUCCCCUUGCCCGCCUGCCCGCUUCCUCCCUCUCACCCACUCACAGCACCUCUCGUACCCUCGUCCGCUCCGUGAAACCUUGUGUAGCUACAACACGAGGCUGCGUUUGUGGUACAUGUUUUUCGUGGAUGUACUAUUUGUCCUGAGGCUGUGUACUAUAUUUUUCUGUGUGGUCGUUGACAUUCCAAUUCGUGGUCAGUAACGUGUGGUUUGAGGUGAAGAGCAAGGCGGAGGAACUUAAGUGUUUUGGUGAGGACAUACUGUGGGGCGGCGAAACGGGUUGGCUUAUGUGUUAAUAAUAAAGGCUUGAGUCCUCUCCGAUGUUUACUACAACUGCCUCAAUCUGAAAGUCGGUGGAAUUCUCUCUUUAACACAUUCACGGUAAAAAUUUUACAAGACCGAGAAACUACUAUACUGAUCUUCACCGCCACCAAGAUAGGCGUAUGACAUGGAAAAUAAACAUAAUGCUUUUAACAGAUCUUAAGACCUGGCCAAAUUGACAGCUGACGCAAGGAAGAGCAAGAAGACAAGUGUAAGGACUAAUCACAAGAACGCAAACGCCAGCGAGAAUAUGUCAUAAACUUUUAACUUUUACCUCGACGACAAAAAGUUCCUACCAUGACACCCGUUUGCAAACUGUGAAUUGUGAGCCACAAAGCCAACGCCCUCUAAUUGCGGUGCAACUGGAUUCUAAAACAUCAAGUCCCUAAAGUAUGAGAACCCGAGGCUACUAUGGAAGGACGUGCAGUGUGAUGUCUGGAAAGAGAGAAGAAUAAUGGAAAAAACUAAACCCGAACAAACUGCAAAUCAUUAUCUAAAUUCACACAUACGCGAUCUCUUUGCGGCCUCGCCGAUAUCGGUCGACUUUACAUCAUAGUGGAAAGUGUCCUACCCUGAUUGACCUUACUUCACCGUGGAUCACCUCCAAUUCUGAUUGACCUUCGGAUCAGAUAACCCCCUGCCUUAACUGAACCUUCAAUCACAGUGGAUAGCCUCUUACUCUUGGAUAACCAGAAAAAAAAUACCCCAAACUACUUACCGGACUUUCCCGACCCACACUCUGUAACCACGCUCCGCUAAGCAUCCCUAAGAAGCCUCCCUCGUAGACGUCUUCAUCGAUCUCAAGAGGACCUCCGCCAAGAAGCCAGGAUGUCCACCUGCUGCCGCUGUUUGUGUUGCCGCGAGGAGAGCUCCGACGACUCCGACCUGGAGGAAGAGGUGCCGCUGCCGCCGGGCCUCCUGCCGGUGCACAACGAGGCCAAGGCGCAGGAGACCGUGCCCAUCCACACGCCCUCCGCCAGCAGGGAGUGCCUCCUGGACCCGCCCCUUCGCGAGAGACUCCGGCAGCCGCAGCUGAGCGUGAGGAAGCAGCUCUUCUCGAUGACAGGCUGGAACCUCGCUAUUUACCCCGACAUGUCCGUCAAGGGUACCAGGGAGUUUUACAACCUCUACGCUAUCAUGGAGGUCAGGGCCGUCGGCAAGGGGGAGGUGCAGAUACGCGGCGUGGACUCGGGACUCUUCUUGGCCAUGUCCAGCAAAGGGAAACUCUACGGAGAGCCCGACGAGUUGAAGGAGAACACGGUGUGGGUCGAGACGCUGUCUGGUGCCUUCUACAACUAUCUGAGCAAAAAGUAUGCCCACAUGGGAUGGUACUUGGGCAUCAAGAAAAGUGGUAAGGGCAAGAAGGGUCACAAGACAGAGUACGGCCAGAGGGCAGUGCAGUUCUUGCCCAGACACCCGUAUCCGAUUGGAUAACAUGACGGCGACAGACGUCGGAGGUCCUUCGCGUAUCCCCUCGGUCGCUCUUCUUCCAGAGGACAUUUUCAAGAUGUCCUCCUGUUCCGAUUUUCUCUUCUUUUCUCCUCGCCUCUUCACGCACGAGAGAGGGAGCGUCGUGGAUACGAAUGAUGGACGCAGAAGAUUGUGUUUUUUCUCUGAACCGCGAAGGAUUCAUGGCUUGUAAUCAGUGAGGAACUUGCAGACGUAGGACGAGUGUCGGGUUAGAAAAGCAGGUAGGGUAGGAGAUGUUAGGAAAUAAUUGGUUGUUAUCGAAUAGUAGCAGACACCUGUUCAUUUCAAGGACAAGGGUCUGGAGAAUACAGUGAUUAACACUAAGGUAGAAGAAUCUGUAAGGUAUGAAUGAUUCGUCAUUGUUAGGAGAUAAGGUAAUGUCACGGAACGCUUCUCUCACUCGCAAUACCGGUUGGUCAUUAACCCACUGUUCACUGCGUUCACUGUGUAAAUUAUAUAGAAUUACAAGUCGGAUAAUUGGCAUGCACGUCUGCUACAUGCAUCAAUGACUUUUGUUUGAGGAUUUUAGAAGACUGGUAAAAAAAUACAAAAUACCAACGCUUACGUAUCUGGCUGUAAUUAUGUCAUAUGCUGUAUUGUAAUUAGUUUCGGUUUUUAAUCAUUAUCUAACAGCAGCUGUAAGACUCUUCACGACUAGUCUCAGACUUAUCUAGUAGAGUACUGGAUACUCAAUAAUCACUUAAAAAGAAAGCUUUACUCUGCAUUUUCGCGUCUAAAUUCUCAACAUACAUUUGUCAUCAGUGAUUAAUCUAACAUUAAAUAAAAACCUUGACACAUUAUGCCUAUGUUAUCCAAAAUUCCUAUAUUGGGGCAUCGUGCAGUAGCAGACAGUAUACGUAAUGAAUGCGACUAAAUCUUUCGUGCUGAUUCUUCAUCAUAUUGGUUUAGAUCACAUUGCAGUGGAAUAAUUUCUGCACUGACUUAAAAAACAGAACGCAAAUCGUAAACGCAAUAACUAGUUUCUUACUCUCAUGCUGUUUUGGCCACGAUGACGUAAUGAGAACCAGGGAUUUGAGAAUUCAUUUCCUCUGUAGCUUAAGAUUUUCGUGUCGAAGUGAUACGGUGAUAUAAGGACUCUUGAAGAAGUCCAUGCCUUUGUCUCAUGUCACGGAGAAUUUUCACAUCCUCAGGAACUAAGGGGCCUUACCUUUUUAAUACAGGCCUUUAUACUUAUUAGUUUGAGUAGGUUAAAGUUAAGAUACUGUUUUAAGUAUGCCUAGAAUAUUGUUUUUUCUCUUCUUGUCUAUAGGAUUUUCUGAUUGAUAUAUAUUUUUUUCUCUCUCAGAGGCUUUUUGCCUUUUUAAAUGCACUGAUUCAAGCAUGGACGUCAUGCAGAGUAUCAGAUGUUGAUUUUAAUUCUUUGUGAAUUUUAGCCCAGUCCAUACUCAUACAUAUAGACGUUCCCUCUUUCAUUCUGUACCAAGUCUAUCUAUGCUAUAUUCAUGCAAGCAUACCAAUGUAACUUACCACUGUUAUUGAAAGCAUUAGCUUGUUUGUAAGUGCAUCGAUCGUCUUAAAUUGCAAAAUAAAUUCAAAAUUAGAGUUGGUCACCGUAUGUAUUAUAAUGCAUAACUCGGCCUUGCAUAGUAGCUUGAUACAGCUUUAUGAUUAAUGCAUACGGGCCAAGCUUGAGGAUUUACUUAAUGUACACUGCCCAGCAAUUUCCGCAGCUAGACCUUCACAUUUUUCCAUUUCUGUAACUGAUUGUAAUCCUCCUACAUGAAUAUUUAUACCCCCACACAUGAGGCUGCAUAUAUGUGUG